AUGAUACACAGAGAAGACGAAGACGAAGACGAAGACGACGAAGAAGGACAGUCUAACAGGAUGAGAUGCUAUAGAAGACUCCUACUCGGUGACUCGGACGGUCGACGGGCUGCCGAGGAGUAUCGCGGCCUGUGGGCUGCAUCAAACCUCAAUUCCGAUGCCUUUCUGCUGGUGUACGACAUCACCAACGAGCCCACGCUCGAGACGCUGGGCCACUUCAUGGAGAUGAUAGACAUGGAGACGGAGAACCGGGAGGAGCAGAACAUCCGCCUGCUCAAGCAGUUCUAUCGCGACUAUCCCGACCAGCCGCCCGAGGACGUCCCGACGCUGGGCAUGCCGCCGCCAGUCAAGAUCGUGGCCGGCAACAAGUGUGAUCUCAAGGAAGCCCGGGUCAUCAGCUCCAGACGGGGCCUCGAAUGGGCCAGGAGCAGAGGCUGCGGCUUCAUGGAGACCAAGGCCCGUAAGCUACACCGGGAGCAGCAGAUAGCUCAGCUCCAUGCUUUCAAAGAGGCAGAGCAGCUCUCUUCGGCCUCACGCUUCUUCUCCGCCGCCUGCAGGCGAGCCACGGAGCCCAUAGCCCUCAGCCAGACGGCUCCUCUCACUACAGAAGAGAGACAAGACCCUACAGGACGCAGUGUCAGCUCGGGCGCACGCUCCCGUCGGCGAAGCAUCUGGCUCAUCGUCCAGCAGGCACUGACCAGACGGGCCAACGCUGCUAAUUCGAAACGUCCCAGGUCUGGUCAGCCGAUCCUCAACCCCAAUCAGUGGGAGAACCAGAGCCAGGGCCAGGGUCACAGCCAGGGGCAGUCUCGUCCGGGCACCCUGUCCACGCAUUCGAGCAAGAAGCCAGAUCCGGACAUGGGCGAGCCAGGUUACCCUAACAACUAUCCUCACUCAGAUCACAGGCAUGCUGGGCUCGGCCAGUUUAAACCUUCAGAGCGUGUUUCCAUACCAUGGUGGAAGACGCUGUGCUGCUGUAGCGGCAGUUAA